UUAAAGUGGUUUUUGACAAAUAUACUGAAAAUUUGAAGAAGAACGCGAAUUCAAGAUGAAGUCUAUUAUUCCAAAGAUGUUAAGCCAUUUUUGGACUCAUGUUCUCAUAGUCGUUGUAAUCUUCCAUCAUUCGGAAUGUGCAGUUAGCUAUGGCGAUGAUGCUAUAUUUGAAGCACUCCCUACUUAUUGUUGUUCCGAUUUUGAUGAUGCUGUUUUGGACAUAUGUGGGGAAUAUAACUAUGAUGUAGACUGGUAUUCUGGUGACGGCCAAGAUUGCUGCCUCAUAGGUUGCUCAGAUUGGGCACUUUCACAGUUAUGCAUCACGCCUGUUGAACCUAUACCACUCCCUGUUUAUUGCUGUGAUGACCUUGAAAUAGCUGUUGCUCAGGUGUGCGGGGAAGACAACUAUUAUAUAGAUCAGUAUUCUCAUCCCGCCAGACAUUGCUGCGAUUAUGGCUGUUCAGACUGGGGACUCAGAAAGUUCUGCAUCUAUCCUCCUGUUUACCCUGAACCAACACUCCCUACUUAUUGCUGUGACGAUCUUGAAGAAGCUGUUUCUGAUCUGUGCGGGGAAGAUAACUACUAUCCUAUUGACUUUUAUUCUCCUGAGGCCCAAGGUUGCUGCUACUUCGGUUGCGACGAGGACGAUCUUUCACUGUUCUGCAUCGACUAUACCAUUAUAAACGAUCCUGCCUCAAGUCUUAUGCCUACAAGUAGUGAAAACCCUAUGGAAGAAACCGACCCAAGCCUUAUGAAUGCAGAUAGUGAAGAGCUUAUGGAAACAACCGACCAAAGCCCUACGAAAACAACCACCUCAAGCCUAAUGAGUACACAGACUGAAAACUAUGCGGAAAUAACCGACCCAACCCCUACGACUCCCUAAGUGGCUCUCUUCCGGGGAUAACACUGGCUAGGUAAGGCAAGAUCUCAGAAAUGAAAUUGACACACAAUGACCACAGAUAGAAGAAUAAGCGUUUAAAAAACUAAUGUAUGUUCCUUAAUAGCAUAAAGUAAAUCAAGCAUGUACAAUUUAUGUUUUGAACUGUACCAAAAAUAAAAAUAUUUGAAAUUUCUGCAUA